UUAUAUCGACACUUUGUUGUUGUUAUGAAUGAUUUAAGCUGCACCCUGACCCUUAGGUUAUAGGUCAAGAAAGUUUGAUCAACAACGAAGUUGUGCAUGUUCGGAAGCGCUAUACGCUAGUCCAUAACGCGAACGUGCAUGAGCCGCCUGAGCCUGAGUCUUGCCUUUUGCGUCCUUGACAUCCACAUGCCAAGUCAGCAAUGGCAUCCAAGAAACUUGACCUGACCAAUGACAGUAGAAGAAAUGAAGUUUUGCUAAAAGAUCGAGUAAAAGAGUUGGAGGAGGAAAUUGUCAGUUUGAAGAAAAGAUUGGAUGAAUUGAGAAAAGCUAAAAAUACCACAGUUCUGAAACGCGAGAGAGAAAUCCUGGAAGUGGGGACACCCUUUGGAAGAAGGGAUAGUAAGCCAACUGUCACUGCUCCCCCUCCCCCUCCAGCCGCUACCAGCAAGGUUCCUGCAGACUUCCAAAAGAAGUUAGAAGAUCUGAAAAUUCAGCUUGAGGCUGCAGAGAAAAACCAUGCCAGCCAGAUGAAGGAGGCGGAGGCAAAACUAUCCAAUUUACGGGGAACCAAUUCAAAAGAAAUGGAAGAAAUGCGUAAAAAGUUUGCAAAGGACAUGGAAGCGCUAAAAAAAGCAAUGGAAAAGGAUUCAGAAUGUGGCCAUAAGCCACUCAUUGAAGCUUUACAACAGCAGUUACUGGAGCUGCAGGCAGACAAUGCAGCACUGUUAAUGGAGAACAGCGAUCUUAAAGACAAAGUUAACUCCCUUGUGACAGAGCUCAGUAUAAAAGAAGCCACCUGGUGUGAAACAGAGGAAAAACUCAAAAUAGAGCUGAAUAAAGAGUGGGGAGAAAAGUACAAGGCAUGGAUGGAGAGGACUGAGAGUAAAAUCCACGAGCUUCAGGAGGCCAACACCAUGUUGAGUCCUGAGUACACUCGUGGCCUUGGAAUCAGGACCCCUGACAUCGUGAGGUUGCUCCUUGAUACCGUCGUACACUCGUGGCCGUGGAAUGAGGACCCCUGACGUCGUGAGGUUGCUCCUUGAUACCGUCGUACACUCGUGGCCGUGGAAUGAGGACCCCUGACGUCGUGAGGUUGCUCCUUGAUACCGCCGAACACUUGUGGCGGUGGAAUCAGGACCCCUGAUGUCGUGAGGUUGCUCCUUGAUAUGAAGAGUUCUUGUAUGAUAUCUGAGAUAGGUUCAACUUUUAUAUUGUUUUUACAUACUUUGUAUAUCAGCCUGUUUAGCUCACUGGUUAGAUCACCUAACUAGUAAUGCAAGGGCCCCAGUUUGAUCUUUGAUUGAACUAAAAAAUUCUCUUAUAAUUCUUUGCUACAAUAUCUUAGUAAUGUUCACAUAUAUAAUCUAUUGCAAUACAUAAGAGUUGACUUAACAUUUUUACUUGCCAAAGCCAGGAACUAUCAAAAUAUGAUGUCUUUAAAGGAAACCUGGUAAUAUUAUAUACCCCAAGUUACAUGAUAGGAUGAAAGUAAAUUGUACCUGAAACGUCACAAAACAUCAUAUAUUAUUGAGAAAUGUUGCUUAUGACCUUAAUGGAAAUUUAAACCUUAUGCUUCCACUCUGCAUCGACACCACAACUGGUACAGUGUGUUUGUUUAGAUUGGAAGAACUAGAUUCUGUGUAUGAAGUCAUGCACCCUUUAGAUUUAAACCUAAAACACAUGUUAAUUUUUCUGAUUUGGCAUCCAUGACUUCAUUCCCUAAUCCUAAUGAUGUACCCACACCUGUGUGCAGUGCUUACACUUUUUCAGGAGGACCUACUUUAACAGUCAGAAACCCAAAGGGCCAGAUCCUACAGGCCAGGACAAGGACUAGUCAGAGAUUGAAUUCAAGGGUCAUUGUCAUGACAACCUAAUCUACCAACCGUAACAUGGUUACCAGUGAUAUUAUUCUAGUGAUAGUGGUGCUAGAUAAUUUAGAUUUAGAAUUUUUUAAAGUUUUAACAUAAACACCAAAAACUUUCAGUAUGGUAGAGAUUGUCUAUUUUUGUUUUCUAUGAAUGACUAUGUAAAUUGUUGAAGGUUUGUAUGUAAAGAAUUGAAAGAAGUAGGUACAGUUUCUACAGUCAUCUGGCCCAAAAUAUUGAUGAUUUCACAUGGAGCUCAAAUUCUGGCAUUCAAUUAAGGAAUAGUUUAGCAAACCCAAAAUUCACUCAGUUUGAUCAGCAAAAUGAUUUGUGUCAUAUGACGAGAGCUUGAAGUUGGCAUAAAAUUGCAAAAAUGCCAUUUUCAAUGAAAAUAUCCACAAAUUCAGGUGGUUUUCCUUUUAGAAAACACACAGCGCAUGCGUCGAGCAAAUUCAUAUUGAAGCAUGUUUUUCAUCUCAAAAUAAUACACAAUAUAUAUCAUUUUCAUUUUGCUCGACAAAUGCGCACAUCUUUUCCUGAGCAAUGAUUUGUAUGACAUUUGAAAGUUUUCAGGCUUAUUUUGAGAAAAAGGCGGGAAAUGUCUUAUUCAUGAUGUCAUAAUGCUAUCCAUUUAGGACUAUCAUUCUGAUUUUGUUGACAUAGUAUACCUGGCAUUUAUUUUACUUUCUUAAAACGCUGAUUAAGGUUAAUUCCAGACACAUUUUAUGGAGAGAAAUUUUUUGGGCCUUUUUAUAUAUACAACCGUACCUUGUUCUUUAACCGAUCCUUAAUGUGAACAGAAACAAUGAACAUGGGAAAGACUUGAAAAUACAUGUACCAGUAAUUUUCUUUGUAAUUUCACUAAUGUUUUCUAGACAACAGAGAUGUAUAUUCUGAUGGACAGUUUAUUAGUUUUGUGAUAUUCUCAUGAUCAGUAGCAAUGUGAUUGAAUUUUUGCCUUUUCAUUGCAUACAAAUCUCAAAGAAUUCGUAACUGUGAUAGUGUCAAAGUUUUUUUUUUUUUUUUUUAUCAUUUGUUGAUCAAGCAUUGACUUUGAUAGUUGUGCAAUGAUUAAAUUGCUUUCGUCCAUUAGUAUUAGCUGAGUAUCAAAUAUUCAGGAAUAAUUGUUUCCUCUGUAUUUCAUUAAAGACUAGAAUACAUAGCAGUACUAAUUUUAUGAAAUACAAUGUACUAGUUGUGUUAAUGUACUAUAGGAACACAGUGACUUUCCUACAGUGAAGUUACACAUGUACUUUGUUUUACAACAUUGACACUUUCUGCAUUUGCUGACUGUAAUGCAUAUUGGGAAGAACUUGGUUUUAUUAUAUUUCAUACUGCUGAUAUCCACAAUCCUUUACAAAUUCACAUUGUAUUUUAUACUGCUGAUAUCCAUGAUUCUUUACAAAUUCACAUUGUAUUUUAUACUGCUGAUAUCCAUAAUCCUAUACAAAUUCACAUUGUAUUUUAUACUGCUGAUAUCCAUGAUUCUUUACAAAUUCACAUUGUAUUUUAUACUGCUGAUAUCCAUAAUCCUAUACAAAUUCACAUUGUAUCUUAUACUGCUGAUAUCCACAAUCCUAUACAAAGUCACAUUGUAUCUUAUACUGCUGAUAUCCAUGAUUCUUUACAAAUUCACAUUGUAUUUUAUACUGCUGACAUCCAUAAUCCUAUACAAAUUCACAUUGUAUUUUAUACUGCUGAUAUCCAUGAUUCUUUACAAAUUCACAUUGUAUUUUAUACUGCUGAUAUCCAUAAUCCUAUACAAAUUCACAUUGUAUCUUAUACUGCUGAUAUCCACAAUCCUAUACAAAGUCACAUUGUAUCUUAUACUGCUGAUAUCCAUAAUCCUAUACAAAUUCACAUUGUAUUUUAUACUGCUGAUAUCCAUAAUCCUAUACAAAUUCACAUUGUAUUUUAUACUGCUAAUAUCCAUGAUUCUUUACAAAUUCACAUUGUAUCUUAUACUGCUGAUAUCCAUGAUUCUUUACAAAUUCACAUUGUAUCUUAUACUGCUGAUAUCCACAAUCCUAUACAAAGUCACAUUGUAUCUUAUACUGCUGACAUCCAUAAUCCUAUACAAAUUCACAUUGUAUUUUAUACUGCUGAUAUCCAUAAUCCUAUACAAAGUCACAUUGUAUCUUAUACUGCUGACAUCCAUAAUCCUAUACAAAUUCACAUUGUAUUUUAUACUGCUGAUAUCCAUAAUCCUAUACAAAGUCACAUUGUAUCUUAUACUGCUGAUAUCCAUAAUCCUAUACAAAUUCACAUUGUAUCUUAUACUGCUGACAUCCAUAAUCCUAUACAAAUUCACAUUGUAUUUUAUACUGCUGAUAUCCAUAAUCCUAUACAAAGUCACAUUGUAUCUUAUACUGCUGACAUCCAUAAUCCUAUACAAAUUCACAUUGUAUUUUAUACUGCUGAUAUCCAUAAUCCUAUACAAAGUCACAUUGUAUCUUAUACUGCUGAUAUCCACAAUCCUAUACAAAUUCACAUUGUAUUUUAUACUGCUGAUAUCCACAAUCCUUUACAAAGUCACAUAUCUUGUGAUCUCAUGUGCUAUUGUUAAUAGUAAAGUUUAAAUUUUGAUGAUUUUUCAAUUUAUACAUUAUCUGUGAUAUUAUUGCAUUGUGAUAGUUAUUUCAAAAUAGCAGACAUGACAUCAUCUAUUGUAAUACAUUUAUGAUAAUAUUCUGAUUCUAUCUUUAUCACAAUAUUUUUCUUACUGUGAAAGACCCAUUUAUUAUCAUAACGUUUAUUAUGAUAUUCUGUUUAUUCAUAUGACUCUGUUAAUAUAAUACAUUUGAUUAUUCUGUCAUCUCUGUUUUUCAUAUCGUGUUUGCCCAACUAUCUAUUUUGUAUUGCUUAUGAGAGUUAUGUAAUUGAUCACUGUUCAUUAUCUUUGCCUUUCAUCCACAUCUUUUCGAUAAUCAGAAGGACAAUUUAAAGCCAAUAUUUUACAAAAUAUACUUGGCAGAAUGGGAUUCAAUUAUUUUUUAAUUGAAGGGCCUUGUCAUCUCUUAAAGGGAAAUAAUUAGGAAAAUGUUGUAAAGAAUCAAUGGAUUAUAAAAGUUAGCUUUCAUAUUGAGUGUUGAUGGAAGUUCUCAUGUUAUGAAUAAUUUAGUUUCUUCACAUCAUGAUCCCCUAGUUCAUAAUGAAGCAGAAGGGGUGUUCAGAUUUUAUACAGGAAUAUAUUCUGUGGAGUACUGAGGAUCAAAGUCUUGAAUAAGAUUAUUCAUGAAUUUUUUUUAAACAUAUAGAACAACAAGACCAUUUCAGUAACCAUGUAUCUGACCGGAUUCAGUUUACGACAGACCAAGGUGAAACACAGUCAAAAUUUACAUAGGAAUUAUUGCAGAUUUUUCUUGGCAACAAGACAAUGGAAUAAUAUUCAAGCACUUAUAGGUAAUACAAAUUUUGCCAAAGUUGUUACCCUUUGGUAGAGUGGGCACACAGUAAAGACCUCGUACUCUCUUUCAUUUCACAACAAUAUAAUUACAUUUUUCAAUAUGCAUUGUUUUAUGACAUGUAGUGUAUGCAGUUGUUAAUGGAAGAUCGUGGGUUAUCGUUGAACCACUGUUUGUGUUCCUUUCUCUCUGUAAGAUGAAUAUGCAAAGUGGUUCAAAGGUGUUUGUUGUGGCCCCUGGACUUGUUUUGGUUACAUAUUUUUUAUGAUAUAUCUUUGUGAAGAGAAUUUGUAAUGGAGUGUUGAGAAAUACAAAAUAUUUAUAUUCAGAUAACAUGAAUUUUCUUGAAUUCGAGGAAGUAAAAUUAAAUGAAGCUAUCGAUUUACGUACAGUGAUAAAUUCCUUUAUGAUGAUUUAUUCCUGAAUUCUGUUGUAGAAGAGGGUAUCUGGAGGCUGCCAGAGAGCAAUAUGAAGAAUCGUAGGAUUCAACAUGACCUGUUCGUUUUUUGUUUGUUGUGGUUUACACAUAUGUAUUAAUUUGUUUCAGGAAAAGGUACUACAUAUAUUCAAAGAUAUUUAUUUUUCAUCAAUCCGUCCACAGCUCACUUUCCUCAUUUUUGGUAUAGUUAUGACAAUUUAUUGACACUUUUGCUAUGAUUUUAGAUUUUUUUUUAAUAAUUUACACUUGUGAUGAUUAGAAGUUUUUAAAAGAUAUUUGCACAAUGUCUUGUUUUAAAUUGUUGGAAGACAUUUUAUUUUGUUAGAGAGAAACAUUUUUACUACAUGCUAGUUGGAUAUUUUAGAUAAUAAAACCGUAUCAAGUUG